CAUAGAGCAUAGAACCAGGAACUUAGGGCGGGUUACCGGAGGCCGCUUUUGAAGCAGCAGCCCCCCGAUCCACCUGCGCUCUGUCGAUCGGAAUGCCUUGAGUCCGUUAGUUAUCUCACUUCUCGAAUUGACGGAUCUAGAGUAGAUGCUACUGUGUUUUGCCUAGGGAUCAGCAGCACUCGGGGAUUUCUAAGCAGGCUCAGGGGGCACCGCUAGCAGGUUCAGCCAGUACGGAUGCGAAAAGCAGACCCCCGAUAGAAGAACAUAGCAUUUGAGGUGCCUCGAUAUAAUCGCGUUGCUGGAGGACGAAGAGUUGACGCGUUGGUGCUCAACGCUUGCACGGCAAUCAAUCGCGACGACUCACUCCUGGAGCUCAUGCUUGAAGCUCAGGCAUACACAACCACCACCAUUCCCGAUUCCCGAUACUAACCACCCCCUGAGCCGAUUUUUCAGGCAUAUACAGCCGCCACCAUUCCCGAUACUAACCACCCCCUUAGCCUCCUACAGGAAUCAAUCGCGUCAACUUAAAACGAAAUUACUCUCACGCCUGGAGCUCAGGCACAACAACCACCAUUCCCGACACUAACCACCCUCUUAGCCUCCAACGAGCCGAUAGGAGCCUAGCCAGCCUACAGUGCAAUCAGGCUGCCUUUCGGGCCUUCCCCCUCGUGUGCGGGGCUUCCGCCUCCCGUUCCUCUCCCCCCCUCCCCCCCCCCCCCCCCCUCUUCCCCCCCUUCCCCACCCCCCGCGCGCGCCAUGGAGGAGGCGCAGCGGAGGGCGGACGAGAUGCUGGCGGGGCUGCAGGCGGGGAGCGGGGCGGAGGAGAAGGCGGAGCGGAUGGCGGCGCUAGUAUCGUAUCUGACGGGCCUUCCGCCUGACCUGCGGGCGGCUGUGCUGCCAGACGCGCUGCCGCGGCUGCUGGAGCUGCAGGCAGACGCCGCGUGCCUCGUGCGCAAGAGCUCAGUCGAGCUCUUCCACCGCCUCGGCGCCUCCAUCAAGCAUCAGGACUCCCCUGCGCUCAUCGCAUCCGCCCUCGCUGCUAUCAUCCGCGCCUGCCCGCCCAUGCCCGUCCCCUCCUCCCCCUCCUCCGCCCCCCCUGCCCUCUCCCCCGCUGCUGCUGCUGCUCUCACCCCUCUGCCCACCCGCCUGUCGCCCCCGGCCAUCGCGUCUACCAAGGCGGUCAAGCAUGCCAUCUCCGCUGCUGCUGCCUUGGUCAAGGGCGCAUUCGCUGCUGUCACACCCAUCACAGGCGAGCCGCAGCCGUGGUCAGCAGCAUGGGAGCAGGUAUCAGCGCUGGUGCCACUCAUUCGAGACAUGCUGCCAGGGCAGUACGCUGACAGUGUGCGGGUGCACGCAGUGGGCUUUGUGGAAAUGCUUGUGCUGCUGGGGCGGCCCGGGGGCAAAACUGCUGCGGCUGCUGCUGCUGGUGGUGCUGGCAAUGGCAGCAGUGGUGGCAGCAGGGGGCAGAAUGGAAGCAGUGGAGGCGACGGGUCGGACGGUGCUGAUGAGGGUGCAGGCAGCAGCAAGGACAUGCCACUUUCCAAUGGCUGUUUCUACCUGGAGGAUCCUGACUCCGACCCCUGGCUCAAGGCGCAGUCCCUCGCCUCCCUCUCCGCACUCACCUCUCUCCUGCAACCCCCAGCGCUCACCGCCCUCUCGGCCCCGCUCCUCCUCACUGUUACCAGCAGCCUCGCUGGCAUCGCCCGCCGCUGCCCCGCCCUUUACAGUCGCAUCGUCCCUGCCCUCGCUGGGAUUGUCCCGCCCACGGCUGCAUCCACUGCCUCGGCACCUGUAGCGCUGCCCCCUGCUGGUGCUGGUGCUGGUGGUGAUGGGAGUGGGGGCCUGCAGCUGCUGCAGGCGUCGGCGAGUGUGAAGCAUGGCGUGCGGGCGGCGCUGCUUGUCAUGCUGCGACUCAUGCCGCUUGCUCCAGGGGGAUUAAAGUGGCGAGACUGCUUGACGUCGCUCUUGAAGGAGUCGCUGGGAGCAGGCGAGGUGGUCGACUCGUCUCUACGGCACAUUGACAGAGCCCUGCGCAACUCUGCUGCUGCCGCCGCUGCUGCUGCGGCUGCUAGCCCUGCUGGUGGUAACGGCACCGGUGGCAACGGUGGUGGUGUUGGGAAUGGUGGUGCUGCUAGUGGCGGUGGUGGUGCUGCUGGCACCGCUGGUGGUGGUGGGGGCGGAGAGGGAGGAGCAAAGGCGUCUGGAGUGUCAGGGAAGGCUGCUGGGCGUGACCCACGUGCCAAGGCAGCGGGAGUCAAGAGAGCAAGGGGUGCAGCUGCCGACACAGGGGCGGCACCAGCACCAGGCAGUAGCAGUGGCGGUGCUGCUGGUGGUGGCCCCGAUGCUGCUGCUUCGACAACAGCAGAUGCAGCUGCCAAAGCUGCCACGCCUGGUGCUGCUGGUGCUGCUGGUGCUGCUGGUGCUGCUGGUGCUGCUGGUGCAGUUGGUAGAGGUGCUUCAGAGGCGGUGGAGGAGAUAUCAGUGAGGGACUCGAAGCGCAUCCGACCGUCCAACGCUGAUCAAACCAGCACAGCCACUCCUGCUACCAGUGCACCAGCACCAGCAGCAGCAGCAGCAGCAGCAGCAGCAGGAGCAGGAGAGGCGAACACAGCGGCAGCAGCGGCGGCUGCAGCGGCAGCAGAGGCCAUGGCCGUAGAUCCAUCAGCCUCCACUCUCCCCCUCGAGCAGCUGGUGACGCUGCUGAGCGCGCUGGUGGCCAAGGGCAGCGAGGGCAUGCUGGCGGUGGAUGCGCUGAUCGCGUCGCUGCCCCCCGGCAUGCUCGCCGACCUUGUCAUCGAAUUCAUGCAGCACCUCCCGCCCUCCCCGCCGGCUGCUGCUGCUGAAAUUGGUGCUGCUGGUACUUCUGCUGGUGCUACUGGUGGUGGUGGUGCUGCUGCUGCUGCUGCUGCUGCUGCUGCUGCUGCUGGUUCUGCGGAUGAGGGGGCGGUGGAUGGUGAUGGCAAGAGGGAGCCCGGCAGGGGCGCUCGUCGCCUCGACCCUCGGCGAUCGAAAACCAAAGCAGAGGAAGCGACUGCAGGAGGGGGUGCUGCUGCUGCUACAGCAAGCACAGUGAAGGAUGAGCCGGGGCUACAGCCGCCAUUGCUACAUCCUGCAGCAGACAGGACAACAGAUGCCAUUCAUCCCCAGACCUUCAAGCCAGAAGAUGCAGCCGUGGUGCCUGUUCCUUCUGCUGCCACUGCUCCCGAUACAUCUGCUGCUGCUGCUGCUGCUGCUGGCAAUGCUGGUGCUCUAGUCGCUGUCUCCGCCCCUAUGGGCCCUCCAGCAGCGCCUCUCUCUCCCCGCCUGGCAGCCUACGUCUCUGUCCCACGCACCCCCGUGGCCCUGCUUCCCCUCUCGCCCCCGCAGCUGGCUGCAGCGCAGCAGGCAGCCAUGCAGCGAGUGGUGACCGGGGGUAGCAGAGCGGUGCUGCUGGGCGAAGUGGGGUUGUGGGUGGCGCUGCUGGUGGGCAUGCUGAGGGGGGCAGAGGAGGAGGAGGAGCAGCAGCAGCAGUUGUUGGACGCGCUGCUGAAUCAUCUGCUGGCGGACUACAACCGGGUCAAGGGUUCACAGGUUGUCCUGUCUGUGCUGCACGCUCUGGCAGUGAACAACUCAACCCCCCAACCGUCCUCCUCCGCCUCUUCCACCCUCCCAGCUCUUCUAGCACCACCAGCAGCAGCAGCAUCAGCACCAGCAUCAGCAUCACCAGUAGCGCCAGUAGCACCUGGAGUUGCGGGUACAGCACCAGCACCAGGCGGCGAUGCCAUGCAAGUGGAUGAUAGGGGACAAGGUGGCGCUGUUGCUGCUGCUGCUGCUUCAACAGCUGCUGCUGUUGGUGGUGCUGGUGCCUCUGCUGUCGGCUCUAAGGAUCUCGCGUCCCCUCAGAUUCCUCCCCUCUACACAUCUUUUUUCUCUCGUGUGUUGCGAUCGCUCCUCUCCCCAUCCUCCGCUGCGGCGGCCGCUGCUCCUGGCGGGCUGAAGUCCCUUCUGCUGCCUCUCUUCGUGGAGGCCCCCUUCCUCCCUCCCCCCGUCCUCAACCUGCUGGGCCAGGCGUGCGGGCUGGAAGGGCUGGGGAGGAAGGAGGGAGAAGUGGGGUUAGGUGGGGGUGUGGGGGUUGGGGCUGGCAGGAAGAGGAGACUAGACGAGAGGGGAGAUGGGGAGGAGGGUGGGGGAGGAAGGGAGGCGGAUGAGGGAGGAGGGAGUGGUGGGGUAGGAGGAGGAGAGAGGGAGGGAGGAGGAAAAGGGGAGGGAGGAGCCAGAGGAGAAGGAGGAGAGGGAGGGGAGGGAGGGGAAGACGGGAAGGAGGAGGAGGGGCCGAGGUCCGAGGAAGAGCUCAAGAGAGUAAAAGAAUCCUUGGUAGUGUUAUGGCGGUUGCUAGUACUGAGGCCGCCUGUACGGAGGCGGUGUCUCGCCAUGGCGCUGCAGUGCACAGUGCACCCGCACCCCGACAUCCGCUCCAAGGGGGUGGCGCUGGUGGCCAAUCGUCUGCACGCCCUGCCGUACCUCACGGCACCCAUUGAGCGGUACGCGCUCAAGCAGCUGCUGUCCCUGCCUGGCUUGGCGCUGCCGCCACCAGUGCAGCCAGCGCAAACUGCUGCUGCUGCUGAUGCUGGUGGUGCUGGUGCUGGUGCUGGUGGUGAGAAGGAUAGGGUGGGAGGAGAGCAAGGAGGGGCAGCAGGAGAAGCGGGGCAGGCAGGAGAGGGAGGUGCGGUGAGCCAAGCAGUUCAAGCAGGAGGGGGAGCAUCACAGUUGACCGGCGAGCAGCAGAAGGCAGUGGCUCAUGAGGUGGAGCGAAGACUGGCGCUCUUCUGUGCCCUCUGCUCCCGGAGAGUAUCUCUGCUGUCAGACUACUUCCGUGUGUUUGGAGAAGUCAACCCCGUGGCGAAGAGAGUCAUGCUGCGAGACCUGCUGCCACCAAUCAUCGCCACUCUCCCUCCCACCACCCCUGACCUCCUCUCCCUCAUCGCCAACCCCCCUGAGGGCUCAACGCGCCUGCUGCUCAAGCUGCUGCACUGUGUGGCGGACACGCCACGCCCAUUCGCCCCUCCCCCGCCCUUCAUCGCUGCGGUCAAAACCCUCUCGGCUGCCAGGCCCGCAGAGCCGGAGCUGCUCAUCCCCGUGCUGCCCUUCCUCUCCAAAAACGAGGCACUGGAGGUGCUUCCCCGCCUUCUCCAUCUCCCCCUGGAGCUCUUCAAAAUCGCCCAGGACAGACUGCUGCAGGGCUCGCCGCACACGCCUCCGCCGCUCACAGCAGUGGAGCUCAUGACCACGCUGCAUGCGGUGCAGCCCAAGAGGGACAACGUGCCGCUCAAGAAGAUCAUGGCCGUGUGUUCAUUCUGCAUCUCCCAACGCGCCAUCUACACGCAGCAAGUCAUUGCCAAAGUGCUCAAUCAGCUGGUCGGGCAGACUCCCCUUCCCAUGCUGCUAUUCCGCACCGCCAUGGAGUCUGUUGCUGCGUUCCCUGACAUUGCAUCUUUUGUGGCGGACAUUCUCUCGCGCCUUGUGACCAAACAGGUCUGGAGGGCCCAUCCGCAGUUGUGGCUGGGCUUCAUUAAGUGCUGCCUCGUUACAAAGCCACUCUCUUUCCCUGUUCUCCUACAACUGCCAGCAGCGCAGCUAGAGGAUGCACUCAAUCGGGAGCCGUCCCUCCGGCCAGACCUCGCUGCACACGCCGCCCAACCAUCUGUGCAGCCCUCCGUUCCUCGUGCGUCCCUGGUUAUUCUAGGAGUCAUCACGCCUGACCAUGGGGACACUCCGGCAUCAGGGGCUCCAGCAAUUGCCACUGCCUGAUUUGUGGCACAGCUCCUAGGAUUACGGGUUUUUGCGUGUCUAGAAAUAUUAAAUGCUUUUGCAUGCCUAGGAAUCUGAUAAGGCAGGGCUAUCGCUACUGUGGAAAGGAAAGAUGAAAGAAGCGUGAGGCAUAUUGCAUUCAACAAUGCUUUUCAGAUAGGAUACGUAAAGAGAUAGAGCAUUGGGGUUUUUUGCGUUAGUGAGAAGUGCAGUAUGCAUUCCUUCCGGUUUCACUAAUGUUUGUGGG